UAACGAAACAUCUGAGGAAAUGCAGGGUAUUUUGAGUCCACUGGACUGAACAAAAACUAUGUGUGACCUAUCACCGGCAGGCCCCUUUCACGUCUCGCGCAGGAGAUCGCAAAGAUCUGUCCGCUUCGGGGAUCAUACAUAGCCAAAAAGCCACGAUGUCUUCUUUGGUGCGAGCGCUUUGGAUUUUCGCACUUUUGAGGCAUGCUGUGGCGGAUCUCUCGCCGUCUGCUUGCACAAAACUGGAGAUGGAUCACCUGCGGAAGAAAAGAGUGGAAGCCGUGCGCGGCCAGAUCCUCUCCAAGUUGCGCCUCAGCAGCCCGCCAGACGGACUUGUGCCCAACGAGGUGCCGCUUCAAUUCCAAACGCUCUUCAACAGCACCAGAAAACUCGUGGAGGAACUGAGCAAAGAGCGACGACAGAACUGUGGCAAUACCAACCCAGAGGAUGAGUACUAUGCCAAGGAAGUCAUCAAAAUCAACAUGAUCGACGAUCCGUCAGAUCACAGUGGCUCUCAUGGCUGUCCAAAUGAGAACAUCAGAUUGUUCCUCUUCAAUGUCUCAAGCCUCGAGAGAAACGCCAGCAGCCUGUUCCGUGCCAAGUUUCGGGUCCAGCGCGAACCCAACUCCAGGGCCAGGCAGACUGAACAGCACAUUGAACUGUACCAGAGGCGGAAAGGUGAAAAAGGUUUGUCCAGUCGGCGCUACAUCGAGGGCAAAAACGUUCAGACCAAAGGAGCGGCGGAGUGGCUCACGUUUGACGUGACGGAGACGGUGAAAGAUUGGCUUCACCACCCCGAGCACAAUCUUGGUCUGGAGAUUGGUCUCCAUUGUCCUUGCCGUUCCUAUGGUCCUGAUGCUGACAACUUUAACAGUGAGGAUGAAAUACUGGAGGUGAACUUCAAAGGGGUGGAGAGCAGGCAGGAGAGGAGGCGUGGUGACCUGGGUCGGCUGAAGCGGCAGCGGGACGAGAGUCUCCCCCACCUCAUCCUCAUGAUGCUUCCCCACCACCACUCCCCCACCCGGGCUGGCCACCGACGCAAGCGCACCCUGGACACCAACUACUGCUUCUCCAACUAUGAGGAGAACUGCUGUGUGCGUUCGCUCUACAUUGACUUCCGGCGAGACCUGGACUGGAGAUGGAUACACGAGCCGAAGGGCUACUAUGCCAACUACUGCUCGGGGCCGUGUCCGUACAUGCAGAGCUCUGAUGCCACUCACAGCACGCUGCUGAGUCUGUACCAGACGCUGAACCCGGACGCCUCCAUCUCGCCCUGCUGCGUGCCCCAGGAGAUGGAGCCGCUCACCAUCCUCUACUACUCUGGCCGCAACCCCAAAGUGGAGCACCUCUCCAACAUGAUCGUCAAGUCCUGCCGCUGCAGCUAGCUGGCUACAGUACUGUAGCGAGCUGACCCAGAGAGGACCAAGCCAGCCAGCCACACCCCCACAGUGGUGCUGCUCCCACCUGUGUAACUAUGGGGUACCCCUUCACUCCCUUUCACCAUCACAACUCCACCCCUUCCUGUCGCCUCAUGGGGCAUUGGGAGUCAAAAACGAAUGACUGGGCUUGAAAUGAGGGGUUUCACAAUGCCAAUCCAAACCUUGGAACUCCACCUAUGCACCACAAAUCCACCACAACUCGCCUCGUUCAAUUCCUUUCAAUUUUUUUUGCAACUUAUGUCCCCACGGCCAGGAAGUAAAGGGCGUGACUUAGGUGCCCCAUUGGCUGGUCGUGGGCCUUCAUCACGUCUUCGUCAGCGUGUCUCUGUAUGGAGCUGUCAAUCCCAGGCCCAGAAAGUAAACAUUCCUGCCACACAUUGAAGUCACCUGUGAUGAAAGGAAACCGUGGCAUAAUUUUAACUUUCUGGACCCGGAAUUGACACCUCUGUGUCCCUGUAUGUGUCGGUGUCACAAAAAUAGCCCCACAUGUUAGAACCCACAGUGAUUGGUCAGAAGUAAAUGUCUCCAUCACUUUAAAUUAGUUGUGACCAAUCACUGUGGUUGUCACAUCUGGGGAAGCAGCUGUUAGGGGGUAACCCAUCUUUUCACACCCGGAUUGUGUGGGCAUUGCGUGCUUUGACCCAUGCUGCUGCUACUGCUGCUGCUGCUGCUGCCGGCUAAAGUUAUGGGUUAUGUGUGCAGCAGUGCGUGCGAGCAUGCAUGGAUUCUGAGCCUGCGCCAGGAUACAGCCUAACAAAAGGGAGCAGGACCAUGACAAAAAAAAAAACUGAUUUGAGGUCAGCUGCUAAGCCCAUAGGUUUUCUUGUUUAUUUUCCUUUCUUUCUUCGUCUCAGUUUUCCC